AUGGCCAGCCGGAUGUCACUCUUCCGAGCACCGCCCUUCCGGUCCCGAAAGAGCUCUGGAGGCUUGUUGAUCACAUCAGUCGUUACGGACUUGAGCAGGAAGAUCUGUUCGGUCAAGCGGGCUCUCAUUCCGAAUUUCUGGCCAUUCGCGACGCGCUGGACACAGGUUUUCCUGAGCAUCUACCUGGAAGUGUACAUUCCGUGGUCGAGGCGUUGCUACGAUUUCUCGACUCAUUACCUGAGCCGGUAGUUCCUCGCCAAUUUCUCGAGCAGUGUUUAUGGGGCUGCAACGGCUGGGCCGACUGCAAGAAGGUGAUCACUCAGUUUCCAAAAAUACAUCAUGAUGUGUUUCUGUACAUCAUCAGCUUCCUGAAAGAAGUUCUGGAAUUUUCCAAAACCAACGGCACAAACGCGAAUUUUAUCGCGGCCAUAUUUGCGCCCAUACUUCUUCGGUUCAACGAGUCGGUCCGCGACACGUUUUUUCAGCGGGCACAGCAUCAGCACAGAAUGCAGCAAGCCAUUCAGUUUGUGCUCAAGUUUUUGGCUAACGGCAACGUCUGA